AGAGGACCUCCCCUAAGACCUAAUUCAAAAGACAUCAUAAACAUAAAGGCCACUUCUUCUAACUGUCCGGCAGUCACACGGAGAGCAACUAGAAGCUGUAGAAAAGAACGGCUACGGUUCUGACCUUUUAUGAUUUUUACACUAUCAAAAGCCUGUUUUUGGUUCUUCCAUUCAGCCCUCAACCACUAGGUAAUUACUUGGAGAUUUCCUUAUGAACCGAAUUGCAUCGUUAAAUAGAGGAAGAAAGUCUUUUCAACUGAUUCCGAUAAAUUCUGAUGGUUAAUUUUGCGUUUGGAAAAAUUGAGUUUUACUGGAAAUGGUAUGGAGAUAUAGGUGGAGCUUACCGUGCUUAAGACCGAAUCGAAUAAUCACGGUAAUGCCCUCAAUUCACUACCUCCCUUCACGGACGGCAUGUAUAACAUACAAAACCCAAAAAGAUGUCAGGGAAAGUCUUGGCACAGACUUUUACAAGAAAAGUAGAAUUACUCUCACUCAUCAAGCUGUAUAUUCCACCUUGUUGAACUGCCCCUCUGAUUUGAGCGCAUUAAGUUUCUUCUUAUGGUGUGCAAAACAACCUAAUUUUUUCCAUGACCACUUGGCAUUUAAUUACAUGGUUGGUGUGGUCAAGCGAAUCAUGGAACAAUGCAAAACAGUGAAAGGGGUUCUUUUGGAACUAGAGAAAGUCGGGUACAUUGCAAAGGCCCAAACAUUUUUGAUGUUACUGAGAAUUUAUUGGCAUGGAGGAAUGAAAGGAAUGGUUUUUGAUGCCUUUGAGCAAAUGUGCAGCCAUGGCUUUACACCCAACACGUUUGCAUGUAAUGCAAUCAUGGAUGUGCUUUUCAAAAGUGGGUCUGUUGAUGCAGCUGUUAGAGUUUUGAAAGAAACCAAAGCCCCAAAUUUCCUGACAUUUAAUAUUGCACUGUGUAAUUUAUGUCAUUUGAAUGAUCUGUUUCUUAUUGGAGAUGCCUUUAGAAUGAUGUUGAAAAUGGGAUAUUACCCUAAUUUUGAUACAUUUGAGAUGGUGUUAAAGUCUUUUUGCAAAAUGGGUAAGCUAGCACAAGCAUAUCAAGUGUUGGCUUUAAUGGUUGUUUCUGGUGUUCCUCUGACUGUAAAAGUUUGGAGUAUACUGAUUGAUGGUUUUUGUUGGCUUCGCAAACUUGAUCUUGCCUGUAAUUUUCUGGGGAAGAUGAUUGAGGCUGGUCUUUCUCCUACAGUUGUAACAUAUACAUCCUUAAUAAAAGGAUUUCUUAAAUCCCAUAGGGUAAGUGAUGCUUUGGACAUUUUACAUAAAAUGGAAUCAAGAGGGUGCUCAGGUGACUUGGUUCUUUGUAAUGUAUUAAUAGAUGGUCUUGCAAAGGUUGGGAGGCAUAAUGAUGCAAUCAAUGUUUUUAUUGGUAUGGUUAAACGAAAUAUUGCUCCAGAUUCUUAUACCUUUUGCUCUUUAUUAUCUGCUAUAUGUAUGUCUAGGAGAUUUUCUCUUUUUCCUAAAUUAGUGUGUGGGCAUUUGAUAGAAGCUGACUUAAAGGUUAUAAACUCGCUUUUUAUUGGUUUGAUAAAACAAAAUAUUGCUCCAGAUUCUUAUACCCUUUGCUCUUUAUUAUCUGCUAUGUGUAUGUCUAGGAGGUUUUCUCUUAUUACCGAAUUAGUAUGUGGACAUUUGAUAGAAGCUGACUUAAAGGUAUAUAACUCGCUUUUAAAUUACUUCUGUAAGGCUGGGUUUCAAUCUCAUGCUUUGGAUUUAUACAAUCAUAUGGUUGAUAUUGGUUUAACACCAGAUAAAUAUACUUUUGCUGGAUUGUUAAGUGGACUGUGUGGAGCAGGAGAAAUAAAUCAGGCAAUUGAUGUGUACCGUGGGAUAGUUAAGAUUUACCCUUGUCAAGAUCCUUACAUCCAUACUGUAGUUAUACAUGGGUUGGUAAUGGUUGGGAUAUUUCACAGAGCCAUUGGACUAUUUAGGAAAGCAGUUGCAGAUGGUCACCCACUUGAUGUUGUAUCAUAUACAGUUGCUAUUAAUGGACUUUUUAAGGCUGGUAGAACUGGUGAAGCGUGUUCAUUGUUCAAUCAGAUGAAGAAGGUUGGUUUAUCUCCUAAUACAUAUACAUAUAAUGUGAUGCUAUCCGGCCUUUUAAAAGAAAGAGAUGUACAAAUGGUUAAACAGAUGCUACAGGAGAUGAUUGAUGCCAUGAUAGACCUAAAUUCCAAUAACUCCUCUAGAUUAUUCAAUUUUCUUUGUAGAUCAUAUCAUUACCAUUCAUUUGUUGGUCUAUUAGUUGAGAUGAGAGACUUGGGGUUGAUGCCUGCAAAGGCAAAGUGUGUACUACUGUUGGAUUGCCUUGGCCAAGGUGUGAAACUAGAGGAUGAAAGUUCUUCAUCAUUGAUAACUUAUGUGGAAAACAAUUUACUAGUUGACACAUCUAGUUCUGAAGACCUUUCUGAUAUGGCUGCUUCAGUAGGUUGAGAUGCAUAUGAUGCUGAAAUAUACUUGUUUUUGGAGGGCUCUUACAGUGUCAUUCAAUCUGAAUAUCAGGGACUUGUCUGAUACUCGAGCAGGGAUUCUAUGAGGUUAGUAUUUGCAGUCUCCUUUCUUGUCCUGUUGGUCAUCUUUGAAUUUAGACUCAACUCUAAAAUAUAAAUUUUUGUACAUCACUUAAUUUGUGAUCUUUAUACCCAUUGACCAUUUCAAUAUGAUUGCUGCCAAACUAGUUAGAUAAACUGUUCUAUGUAAGAUCCAAAUUGCUAAAGGAAUUUCCUUAAUUCUCUCUGGACAAGGGGCCAUUCUCGUCCAUUAAACCAGCAAAUUAAUGCUGAUUUUUUGGUUAUCAACUUUAUAUAGUUGGACAUACAAUUAUGAAAUAAUGGCGAGAAAACUGUGUCUAUACGUUUAUGUUAGGUGUUUGAUUGGCUGCUGAUAUACACCAUCUAGCAUCAACUUAUACUUUUUUGCAUUGCAUUUAUCUUGCUUACUUUUUGGAAAGACAUAUUUCUUAAAAUUGAUUGACAACUGUAAUUUCAUUGGGUUAUCUUCUUUUUAGUUUCUGUUUCUCUAAUUUAUUUGUUUUAUGGUAGAAGGAUGCCAAUAAUGCGAACAGAUUUGCAAUUGUGGCUAAGCCAUUCUCUCUCUCUCUCUCUCUCUCUCUAUAUAUAUAUAUAUAUAUGACAGCAGCUAAACUGUAGAAAGAACCAUUCCAAGCCCAAAGGGGCCUAUUUACGGUGCUCUACGGGUUCAUCCAGUGCUGAAAGCUUUCUGUUAACAUUUUGAAGGUUGGUUCUCACAGUAAGGAAGAUAUGGCAGAUGAUCAGGUGAAGGUACAUGGAACAUGGGAUAGUCCGUUUAGUUUCAGAGCAAUAUGGGCUUUGAAGCUAAAGGGAAAAACAGUUUUGAGUACAUAGAAGAAGACCAUAAGAAUAAGAGCAAGUUGCUACUUCAGUACAACCCAGUUCACAAGAAGAUCCCAGGCUCCAGCAAUUUGGACAGUCUGACAGUCUUCCGAAGUAGUGGAGGCGAAGAACAAGAGAAGGGCAAGAAAGAGACCAUGGAGAUGCUGAGUCAUGGAAGAGCAAGCCCUUGGAGACAAAAAGUCUUUUGGAGGAGAGCAAAUUUAAAUAGCUGACAUAGCUUUUGGAUGGAUAGCUCUCCGGUUUGAAGUGAUUGAAGAAGUGGUAGGGGUGGAGCUUCUUGAAGCCCAUGCAUUCCCUGACUUGCAUGCUCGGAUCAACAACUUAAAACAAGUCUGUCAUAAAACAAAACCUUCCUGAUCCCCAUGAAUUGUUGGCCUCUUUCAAGGGUUAUAGAGCCUGGGGGCCCAGCCACACCAGCAAAAAAAAAAAAAGGAAGAAGAAGAAGAAUUUUGUAUAAUCCUUUACCAAAAAAAAAAAAAAAAAAAAAAAAAAAGAAAUUGUAUUUUCAUCUUUUUUAUUUUUUAUUUUUUUGACAUCAUAUUGAUUUUGUUUUUGGAUGAUUAUUAAAAUAGAAAUAAUAAGAAUAAUGUUAGAGAAUUUUUUUUUA